AUGGAGGGGGGUGAGGGGCGGCCACUGCUGGGACCACCAAGUGCAGGCAGUGCCGGACUCUCCUCCGCCGGUGCUGUCUUCAUCAUGCUCAAGUCGGCACUGGGCGCCGGGCUGCUCAGCUUCCCCUGGGCAUUCAGCAAGGCUGGGGGGGCUGUGCCUGCCAUCCUGGUGGAGCUGGGCUCGCUGGUGUUCCUGGUGAGCGGGCUGGUGGUGCUGGGCUACGCGGCGGCGCUCAGUGCCCAGCCCACCUACCAGGGGGUCGUGCGGGCGGUGUGCGGGCCAGUAGCGGGAAAGCUCUGUGAGCUCUGCUUCCUCCUCAACCUCUUCAUGAUCUCCGUGGCCCUCCUCAGGGUGGUGGGCGACCAGCUGGAGAAACUGUGUGACUCCCUGUACCCUGACGGCACGCUGAGCGGGGGCCCCCCCUGGUACGCGGACCAGCGCUUCACUCUCCCAGCUCUCUGUGUCCUGGUCAUCUUCCCACUCUCUGUCCCCAGGGAGAUCGGCUUCCAGAAGUACUCCAGCAUCCUGGGCACGCUGUCUGCCUGCUACCUCACCCUGGUCAUCGUCCUCAAGUACCACCUGCAGGAAGGGAGCCUCAGCUCGCCCCAGCCUCCCCAUCCCCCCAGGGCCUCCUCCUGGACCUCCAUGUUCAGCGUCAUCCCCACCAUCUGCUUCGGCUUCCAGUGCCACGAGGCCUGCGUGGCCAUCUACAGCAGCAUGCGCAACCAGAGCUUCUCCCACUGGGUCGCUGUCUCCGUGCUCUCCAUGCUCAUCUGCCUACUCAUCUACUCCCUCACGGGGCUGUAUGGCUACCUCACCUUCGGCGAGGCCGUGGCAGCUGAUGUCCUGAUGUCCUACCCGGGGAAUGACCCCGUCGUCAUCGUCGCCCGCCUGCUCUUCGGUGUCUCCAUCGUCACCAUCUACCCCAUCGUGGUGCUGCUGGGCAGGUCGGUGGUGCGGGACCUGUGGGCACACCCCAAGCGCAGGGUAGCCCCGCUGGCUGACGGUCCCGAGCGGCGGAGCCGGGUGGCACUGACCAUCUCGUGGAUGGCCGCCACGCUCGCCAUCGCCUUGUUUGUCCCCGACAUCGGCAAGGUCAUCGAGCUCAUCGGCGGCAUCAGUGCAUUCUUCAUCUUCAUCUUCCCAGGGCUGUGCCUGGUGUGCAUGACAGGGAGCCAACGCAUCGGGCCACACAAAAAAGCCGCUCUCGUUGCCUGGGGCAUCCUCUCGGUGCUGGGGGGCACCUUCGUGUGCGGGCAGAGCGCUGCCCUGGCCGUGAUGGGGCUGCUGCAUUGA